GCAGCUCGUCAUUUGCUUUUGCUUGAGAGGCAAAGCUCAGAACCAUAGACAGAGAGAGAGAGAGCCAACAGAGGUCUGUGCAAGGGUAUGGGAAUAUCAGCAACACUUUCACGAUGUGGGAUACAACAAUGGCAUACCACUAUUUGGGGGAACGCUGGCAAACAUAAUUUGGAAGUCUGUGUUUUUUGAGAGACCGUCAAGUAUAAUCUCCAGUUUUGUGGGGGUCACAACAGAAUUGGCUGAUGCAUGGACCGGUAGCUUGACAUUGGAAUUGCCUUUCAGGGUUUCAAUCAAGUCGUAAGUUAUUCACUCAUAUAGUGUGAUAUUUCAUGUUUUAUUCUUGUUUUUUUUCUAUAAAAUAGCAACAGACUUGACAGCUUAUAUUGCUAAGUAAUCAUGAAAGAUAAGGAAUGGACUUUCCUGGACUUUCUUCCAUGAGCCCCUCACUCCUCCCUCACCUCUGUGGCUAAAUCAGAGGUGAGUGAGGGGCAGCAUCAGGUUGAGGACAGGGUGUUCAUGAUGGGGAACGUCAUGCGUGGCGCUGUGGCCUUCAUUCCCUCCGAGCGCUGCCAGCGUUUCCUGGUGGGCGACCUAAAGGAGAUGCCUCUUGAUCGGACACUAGACCUGAGCAAUUUCCAGCUGCGUCGGCUUCCUAUGGCUGCCUGCCUGUUCAAUGAGCUGGUCAAGCUCUACCUGAGUGGCAACAACCUGAACACCCUACCUGCAGACCUGCAGGACCUGAGGAAGCUGCAGCUCCUAGCUUUAGACUUUAACAGUUUCGAAGAGCUGCCUGCGGCGGUGUGUCAGCUACCCCAGCUUAACAUCCUGUAUCUGGGCAACAACAAGCUCUGGAGCCUCCCCCGGGAGCUGUGUGAGUUGAAAGAACUUAAUACGCUUUGGUUGGAGACAAACCGCUUCAUUGAGUUCCCUAAUGUGGUCUGCGACCUCUCCAACCUCAAGACCCUCCAUCUGGGGUACAACCAGAUAAGCAAACUGCCCAUGGAGCUCAGUGGGCUGAAGGAGCUGAGGAGUAUCUGGCUAGCCGGGAACCAGCUGUUUGAGUUCCCGCCAGUGUUGCUUGCCAUGCACUUUCUGACUGUGAUUGAUGUGGACAGCAACAACAUCUGCCGUUUUCCCGGUCUCUCCCACUUGCAGGGGUUAAAACUGGUAAUCUACGACCACAACCCCUGUGUGAACGCACCUGUGGUCGGGGAGGGGGUCAGGAGGGUUGGACGCUGGGCGGACAGCUCAGAUGAUGAAGAGGAUGGUGACGAUGGGUCGAAAGUGUGUGAGACGCUGACUGAGGUGAAGGAACUUGCCACAAAGCUUGCCUCAGAGGGAGAAUUGGACACACUACUUGAAAAGGGACGUGGAAGAAUCUGACCUUCAGCCGUGGAUAGGCUGGAGAACAGGAUGCCAGUCAAGUGGAGCACUUACUGGAGAGCGGCCAUUUGUCUCGGCAUGUUACACAAUCAGACAGGCCUGAUGGUGUUGGCUUCCAAAUAUGGUAAAGCCAAUAAUAUGGACCUAAACACAGAUGACAAAUAAUAAGCUAUUACAAUUGGUUUUCCAUCAUGAUGAAACAUGGACCUCAUGAAAAGCUCCAGGAGAAAUCUCACAUGAAGUUCUCUAUUACAUAACUGUCUGCAGACUUGAAUGAAAUUGUGGCUAGUUUUUAGUUAAUUUAACAGGUGAUUAUCCAAUUUAAAUAAUUUAUGGAGACAUGAAGAAAUUCUACCAGGUGUCCCUAUUCAUGAACUUUUGCUGGGGGCAGUAUACUGUUUGUAUAGCAUUGAGUACAGAGCAAAUUCUCCUGUGUUAAAUCAAUACUGACUGUGUAAAUUUAACACUGGCCAUGGCUACACAGGUCCACACUUUUGAGUGUUAAAUGAACACUGUGCUUAGUGCUGACACUAUUACACUUUGUCAGUGUUAAGGAAUUAAAACUUUCAGUGUUGUGCAAUAACACCUUAUAUUGUAUUUUUACCCAUUGCACCAAGAGGUCAGUAUCUCUUGACAAGGUCACACAGUUGGGUUAAGGACAUUACAAUAAUGUUUCAAGUCUUUAUUGUAACAUGCUCUUAUGUAAGAGUUUAUAAAAACUUCAGAACUGGAAGCAGACAUGCUCAAAUGUUUAUUAACAUAACUAUAGACCACUUAAACUAGUACAACGCUUCCACUCACAAGUGGCCAAAAAUACCUAAUUGAAAGCCACGUCCCAAUAAACCACACCUCAAAUAUAAUUUCCCAGUGUGCCUUGCCUUUUCGAGUAAAUUGUAUCCUUAACGCCCAUGACUGUAUUAGUUAGUGACAGAGGCAUCGUUGUUAAAUUAAUUCCUUUUCAGUCCUGUGGACUUCAAGUGGGUUCCUACUGUAGGCAAAUGUUAUCAUUAAAAUUAAACUGUUUAUGACAAUACAUUACAUAUAUCAUAAAGACCUUACUUUGACGGCCAAGUUUUACCCUAACACAGAGGUGUUAGGAACCUCCUGGUUUACAAGCCACAUCAGGCCUGCAAGUCAUAUUAUGCUGGUUUGCUAAAUUAUGUGUAAUUUCUAUUGGAAUCCAGCCAGAGUUAGGACAGCCAACAAUUAAACAUUUUUAUUCACCCGCAUCCUGCGUUAAUAAUGAUUAUCAGGGUUAGGAACAUUGAUAAAAGAGACUACCUGAACCAUUUAAACUGGAACAAUGGGCGCAAUAAAUCUACAUUGAACAAAAAUAUAAACGCAACAUGCAACAAUUUCAAAGAUUUUACUGAGUUACAGUUCAUAUAAGGAAAUAAUUCAAUUGAAAUCAUUGAAUUUGGCCCUAAUCUAUGGAUUUCACAUGACUGGGUGUACAGAUAUGCAUCUGUUGGUCAUAGAUACUGUAAAAAAAAAAGGUAGGGGCAUGGAUCAGAAAACCCGUCAGUAUCUGGUGUGACUACCAUUUGCCUCAUGCAGUGACAUCUCCUUCGCAUAGAGUUGAUCAGGCUGGAAUGUUGUUCCAAACCUCUCUAAUGGCUGUGCAAAGUUGCUGGAUAUUGGCGGGAACUGGAACACGCUGCAGUACACGUCAAUCCACAGCAUCCCAAACAUGCUCAAUGAGUGACAUGUCUGGUGACUAUGCAGGCCAUGGAAGAACUGGGACAUUUUCAGCUUUCAGGAAAAGUGUACAGAUCCUUGCGACAUGGGGCCGUGCAUUAUCAUGCUGAAACAUGAGGUGAUGGCGGCGGAUGAAUGGCACGAUAAUGGGCCUCAGGAUCUUGUUACGGUAUCCCUGUGCAUUCAAAUUGCCAUCAACAAAAUGCAAUUGUGUUCAUUGUCUGUAGCUUAUGCCUGCCCAUACCAUAACCCCACCGCCACCAUGGAGCACUGUGUUCACAACAUUGACAUUAGCAAACCGCACACCCACAGGACGCCAUACCUGCUGUCUGCCAUCUGCCUGGUACAGUUCAUGGAUUCAUCCAUGAAGAGCACACUGCUCCAGUGUGUCAGUGGCCAUCGAAAAUGAGCAUUUGCCCACUGAAGUCAGUUAAGAUUCCGAACUGCAGUCAGGUCAAGACUCUGGUGACUACAACGAGCACGCAGAUGAGCUUCCCUGAGACAGUUUCUGACAGUUUGUGAUGAAAUUCUUCUGUUGUUCAAACCCACUGUUUCAUCAGCUGUCCAGGUGGCUGGUCUCAGAUGAUCCCGCAGGUGACAAAGCCAGGUGUUAAGGUCAUGGGCUGGCGUGGUUAUACAUGGUCUGUGGUUGUGAAGCCAAUUCGACAUACUGCCAAAUUCUCUAAAACAACGUUGAGAAAUCAACAUUCAAUUCUCUGGCAACAGCUCUGGUGGACAUUCUUGCAGUCAGCCUGCUAAUUGCAACUGUGCAAAACUUGAACGAUCUGGGGCAAUGUGUCGUGUGACAAAACUGCACAUUUUAGAGUAGACUUUUAUUGUCACCAGCACAAGGUACACCUCUGUAAAAAUCAUGCUGUUUAAUCAGCUUCUUGAUAUGCCACCCCGGUCAGGUGGAUGGAUUCAUUUAGAUUUUUUAAAUGUUAUUUAUCUUUAUGUAGCAUAAGAUGAAUCAAUCAACGUACAUGCAAAAACACAGAUAUUAAAAACAAUUGUGAGAAAAUCUAACUGCAGUAGAGUAAGCAUGCAAAUAUUAUAAUGAUGGGCAUGGUUUUGAUGGGAAUGUUUUACUCUCCACAGAGUAAAACUGACACAAUCACACUCUCAUAUUCAACACUUUUUAUUAACACCACCA